CGCCGCGCCGCACGCACGCGCCGAGAGGGAGCUCCGUUCCGCCCACCCCCAUCCCCGCAACCUCUUCGAAGCCCAGAAACGUGGAACCGAGUGAAUCCCAACGCCAGAAUGCUGAUACCGCGGAGCUUGUGGGCGCUGAGCUUGCUGCUGGUGGGCGUGGCGAACAGCGAGGACCGAUGGGUGUGGGGCAAGAGCGACAAUCACCCAAAGGCGUCGCGGAUUCCCGGCUACGUUGAGCCCACCACGUCCGCGCCGCCCGCCACCACUUUCCGGCCGCGGCUGCCGCCCUCCGAGCGCCAGCGCCACUUCAAGAGCAUCACCGCCCACCCGUUCUUCCUGGGGCCGUACCCGCCCUUCAGCUUCGUGCCCGUGGGAGGCCCCCGCGGAGGCCCCCCGGCGCCGCCUCGCGACGACGACGGCACCACCAAGAGCCGCGUGACCGCCGACACGGCCCACGACGACCAGCACGGCGCCGUGCUCGACGCCGACGACAAAUACACGACUCUGGACCGACUGCAGAGCGAGCGGGGCGCGCCGCCGCCGCUGCCGCGCCCGCGCCCGCACCAGCUGGGUGGCCUGCAUCCUGACGAGGUCUUCUACGCCGACGACGACCUCCUCAUCAUCAAGGGAGGCGGCUUCAAUUCCGACGUGUUCCAAGACCCGCCGCAGACGCUCGACGACGACGAGCGCUACGAGCUGGAGCCGUCGCGGCUGCGGCCCGUGUCGGCGGCACUGCACGACCGCGAGUACAACGGCAACGUGCCUGCCUUCCUGCCGCCGCCCGACCACCAGCGCCCCUUCUCCGUGUUCGUGGAGGGCGCCUCCACCAACAACCACAUCUUCGUGCCCUACGUGUACCCCCGCCCAGAGCGCUCCACGGGCCGUCCCACGCCGGUGCCCCAGCCCAGCUUAAGCUGGCACCCGGUCGCUCAUUACGUGUACCCCGUCCCGGCCGUGCCUUUCACCCUGCCUGCCGCGUCGGCGUCCCUGGUCGCGGCCCCAAGGCCCUCGCCGGCGGCCACGGCCCCGGUGUCCAACCACCUCCCGGAGCCCGUGGAGGACUUCGGCGUCGUGCGGCGCGGCCACCCCCUGGACAGCGACAUCAACGUCAACUUCGGCCCGAACACCCCGCCCAUCAACCCCCUGGCGGAGACCAUCAGACGGCGCUCACACCCGAGACUGUGAGCGCUGCGGGCCGAGGGCGACCUUGUUUGCGAGGGACCAUUGCGGGCGGCCUCACGCCCCGCUGGCCAUAUCAAUGAGGAAUCUGAUCCGGACCGGAUUGUCAUCUCCACGAAGGGCCCUGCAUAGUGCGACCGUGUUUACGAUGGAGCUCAGGCUGCUGCGACCUUGCCGGCGAGAAAGGGCCAAACGGAUGACCUUGGACGACCAGACAUAGUCUAAACACGUUUGCCUGCGCAGCGCUGCCUCCUCCAAGCGCAGAGUCUCCCGCCAGUCUCUCCCGGCGGCGGAAACUCUGCCAUCGAGCGCAAAGAAACGUCCAAGGCGGCCCAUGCGGCGGCGCCCAUCGCACAGCCUGGCAGCAAUCCACACGACGACUUCCGAGCCACACGAGCCGGCCGCGUUGGAAGCCCUCUCGCGGAACGGAAGAAUCUCCUUGGAAAACGUCCCUCGCGAAAAGGACCGACCCCAGCCCCUGCAGAUGACAACGAAGAGAUGUUGCCGCCUUCCUGGAGGGGGGCGGA